GAUGGUUUCAGAGAAUGCGGCGGCGGUUCAGCCAGAGCCUCCAGAGGCGCCGCCGGCGAGCCGGGACAGGCUUCUCGGCGGGCUCCUCUCGCCGGACGUCAGCGAGAGCUCCUGCCUGAGCCGGUACGCGUCGUCCCUCCACCGGAGGGCGUCGCGGCACUCGCCGUCGCCGUACCUGGCGUCCCGGCUGCGCAAGUACGAGGCGCUCCACCGCAAGUGCGGGCCGGGCACGCUCUUCUACAAGAAGUCCCUGAUGCAGCUCCCCUCCGCGCACAGCAUGGGCCUCGUCGAGUGCCGCUACCUCGUGUGGGCGGCGCCCACCUCCGGCCACAUCGGCGACCGCGUGCUCUCCAUCGCGUCCGCAUUCCUCUACGCGCUGCUCACCCGCCGCGUCCUCCUCCUGCAGCUCGCCGACGACAUGGCCGGCCUCUUCUGCGAGCCCUUCCCGGGCGCGACGUGGGAGCUCCCCGCCGGGGGCUUCCUCCCCGAACACGUCGAAGGGCUCCGCCGCGGCAGCGACCGCAGCUACGGGAACUUCAUCCGGGCCGCCAAGAAGGACCGGAGCGACGACGACGGCGACCCCGCCGGCGUGCGGGCCGAGACGCUGCCGUCAUACGCGUACGUGCACCUGGAGCACGACUACCGGCAGCCGGAGCAGCUCUUCUUCUGCGACGAAGACCAAACCGUGCUCGGCAAGGUGAACUGGCUGAUCCUGCGCUCCAACCUCUACUUCGCGCCGGGGCUGUUCCUGGUGCCGCAGUUCGAGGAGGAGCUCCGGUGGAUGUUGCCGGAGAGCGACACGGUGUUCCACCACAUCGGGAGGUACCUCUUCCACCCGUCCAACGAGGUGUGGGAGCUCAUCACGAGGUACUACACGUCGUCCAUGGCCAGCUUCGGAGAAACGAUCGGACUGCAGAUCACCACCUUCGCCUGGAACCCCGUGCCGUUCGAGGAGUACUUCAAACAGGUCACGGCCUGCACGAGUCAGGAGAAGAUCCUGCCGGAGGUCGACACGGCCUCAGCCGUCCUCCAUGAGGCGACGGCGGAGGCGGCGACGUCGAAGGCGGUGCUCGUAAGCUCGGAGCACCCGGAGUACGCCGAUAAGCUCAAGUCCAUGUACCACGAGCACGCGACGGUGACUGGAGACACCGUCAGCGUGCUGCAGCCCGGCGGCGCCGGGAACCACUCGCACAACCAGAAGGCGGUGGUGGAGAUGUUCCUGCAGAGCUACUGCGACGUGUCCGUGGUGAGCGGCUGGUCCACCGUGGGGUACGUCGGGCACGGCCUCGCCGGGGUGAAGCCGUGGCUGCUGCUGGCGCCGAGGAACAAGACGGCGGCCAACCCGCCCUGCGUCCAGGCGACGUCCAUGGAGCCGUGCUUCCACGCGCCGCCGAGCUACGACUGCAGGGCCAACAAGAAGGGGGACCUAGGCGCCGUUCUCCGGCACGUCAGGCACUGCGAAGAUGUUGACGAUGGCCUCAAACUGUUUGACUGAUUUUGAUCGGGUAGCUUUCGAAUGACCCCAUAAAGUUAGAAGCAGGAAAGGGUCGCAGGUGUGUUGUAGCAUGAACUUCUCUUGUUCAAACAAAAGUAAUACUCUGAUUGUUUUGCCAAAUGUACUUACCUUAAGCAAAAGGAAUAUAUACCCAACAAAUUUCAUUUUA